AUGAAUAGAGUUUAAUUGAAUGUGCAAUAUAGAUCAUGGAGAACUAGAAAUGAUUAUAUGAUAACGAGAGUGUUCUACGCUUUGGUAAUAGUUCAAAUAUUGAUUUCUGUAAUCAUUUUCUGGGUAUUGUUGGGGGUAUAACCUGAUCCAACUGUUGAAUUCCAUUUGUUUCUAGUACCAAGUAUUUUAAUGAUGAUUACCUAUUAUAUGAUGUUUGUGUUAGUAUAUAGAUAGAUCCUGCAAUCAAAGGUCCCAAUAGCUAUCUAUAAGAACAAAAAUUAAUUAAAUAUGAUGAACAGGAUCCUUUUUGGCUCUAGUUUGUUUCUCAUAUCUGUCUUCGUGCUAAUAAACUUUGUUUAUAUAAUUAUCGCAAUGAUACAGGUCAGAAGGUAUAGCACUUUUGAGAUCGUAUUCUUAAGUUCAUGGUCUGUUCUGAUCGUAUGGUUUUUAAUUGGAAUUUUCGUUGUUUAUAUUAAAAGCUCAGGCAGCCCUUACAAAUCAGAAUUACACAGAUAGAAUCUAAAAUAUGUUGGCUUUAUCUUUAUUUUAUGGACUGUGGCAUUUUCUUUAAAGAUUGCAUAUAUUUCUAUAAACCUUACGGAUAUUGGCACAUCAGAAAUUGUCCAAGCUAUCUUAAUGAUUAUUUACAACUUAAUUACUGACAUCAUUCCCUACAUUUCAAUCCUAGAGAUAAAAUUCAUGGAAAUAUUCAAGAAAACUCAAGAUGGUUUGAUUGAAGAUACUGAAGAUGAGGAAGAUGAUAAUGAAGCCAUGAUCGAAAACAAAGAUCAACUCGAGAAUAGCAUGUAAUUCAUGACUUCUCCAAUAUUAAAAUAGAAAAGUUAGAGUUAGUAAUUCUCUGCAAUGAACAUUAAUUAUGAUGUAGAAUCUAAAAACUCUGAUAUCAAUAUAACUUCUGACAAAGACAGUGUACUUAUCCAGGAAGCUUAAAAGGCUGCAUCUAAAUAAUAAGAAUUUAGUUUAUUACCAGAAAGAGUCAUUCUAGGCAACAUGAAUAUAAGGUAGAUGUCAUUUAAGAACAAUGAAAAAUCAAAAAUUGAAGAGAAACUCUUGAUUAUGCCCAAGAAUUUCUAGUUGUUCGAAAAAUUCCAAAAAUCUUGGUAUUCAAGUGAGAGAGAUAGGAAAUUUAGAUUAGGAUAGUUAUACAAGGCUACUUUAAAGUAGCAACCUGUUAUCUGUAGAAAGAUUGAGUUUGAAAGAGUAACUACUUAUGUCAUCGAGGAUUUCUUUGGGGAGAUGAACAGAUUGAAGAUGAUUAAGAUGACCUAGUUUACUUUAUUCCCAAUAGGAUACUACAUUAAAGAUUAACAAAUAAAUGUCUUUUACAAAGAGUAAAUGUCCCUUUUCGAAUUGCUGCAUAGUUCUGAGAGACAAGAUCUUAGGAAAAAUCUUGAUUACAGAGUUAAGUAUCACAUAAGUUUUGAAAUUGCAAAAAUAUUCUAUACUUUCUAGCAAUUCAAUCCAAACAUUUGUCACGGUCAUUUGACAUCUCAUAAUAUUUUCAUUGAAUUUAGUCAAGAAAAGGUGAAGGUCAUAUUAGGUGAUUUAGAAUUAUUGCCUAUUUAGAAAUAUGCCAAUACUUUUUAUGAUUACAGAAGCGUUACUGUUUGGUCUCCUCCAGAGAGUCUCAAAAAUUUAAAGAAAAUGGAAGACCCUGAACCAGAGAUGGACACAUAUAGUUAUGGCAUGCUUCUGUGGGAGUUGUGGCAUGAAAUGAUUCCUUUUGAUAAUGAUCUCAAACUUUGCUAAAAUUAUGUAGUUAAUGAGUAAUCAAGGCCCCAAAUAUUAUUGGCAUCUGAAAAUGACCAUGGAUGCGAUGAAGAAAUGGCUAAGCUAAUUAGAAUAUGCUGGCAAACCGAACCAGAUUAAAGACCUAAGUUCAACUACAUUUGCAAACUCCUCUCUUAGAUAAACGCACCAUAAAGUUGA